AUGAUGAUUUCAAGAUUUUCUUCACGAUGCCGUCGGAAUCCUCUUCCAGUACCGCCACCGCUUUCAGCAUCCCCAUCCCUCGUCACCGGAAAACGUCAUUGCAUUAGCCUCUCCGCUUCUCUCCACGUUGGAGAAGAAUCAACCUCUGCACCUAUUCAAGCUACGCCUUCCCGUAACUACAACCGUUGGAAGCCCUUAUGUCUUUACUACACUCAAGGUAGGUGCACUAAGGUGGAUGACCCUCUUCAUAUUGAGAAGUUUAAUCACAAUUUCGGUUCCGGGCUUGGGUUGGAUGUUUCUGAUUCCAAGAAGCUGCGGUCCCAGGAGCUUGACUUCUUUCUUGUGCUUGAUUUGGAGGGCAAGGUCGAGAUUCUGGAGUUUCCAGUUCUCUUACUUGAAGCCAAAACCAUGAGCGUUAUUGACAUUUUCCACAGGUUUGUGAGGCCCUCGAAGAUGAGCGAACAGAGGAUAAAUCAGUACAUCGAAGGAAAAUAUGGGAAAUUUGGAGUUGACCGAGUUUGGCAUGAUACCGCCAUCCAUUUUAAUGAAGUGAUUUUACAAUUUGAGGAGUGGUUGGGUAAGCAUCAAUUGUGGAUGAAAAAUCCUGGUGGUCCUCUGAGAAGAGCUGCAUUUGUAACUUGUGGGAAUUGGGACUUGAAGACAAAAAUCCCAGACCAAUGCACUGUAUCAAGGAUGACACUUCCGCCCUAUUUUAUGGAAUGGAUCAACCUGAAGGAUAUUUUCUUGAACUUCUACAAUCGACGGGCCCCAGGAAUGGUUUCGAUGAUGAAGGAACUCAGGAUUCCAUUGCAAGGCAGUCACCAUUUAGGAAUUGAUGACACCAAAAAUAUUGCAAGAGUGCUACAACAUAUGCUUCUAGAUGGUGCAUUGAUGCAAAUCAGUGCAAGGAGGUUGCCUGGUAGUCCUGGAAAGGUUAAAUUCUUGUUUGAAAAUCGUGUGUAG